UUUCUUUUUGAUUAAAAAAAAAAAAGUUGCAUAUGCCUCGAGAGAAAUAUAGAGGAUAGGAAUGAAGCAACAUAAGAAAUUUUAGGUGGCAAACGAAAUUACUGAUACUCCACUUUAUAUUCCGCACAACUCUUUCAUGUGCCCUUUAUCUCUCUUGUACUAAAUCGAGCGCUCUCUCUACACCUCAGCCCCCGACAAUGGCGGCAUUCAGGGGAAAGAAUGGACUAACAAUGGCGACGCACCUCAUGAAAACCCUAACUGGAUCUUCGAGAAGCCUCAGCGGCAUCGUUAGCAGCGAAGUUGCCACCUCUCAUACCCAAAAAUGGAUGCAGGAUUCGAGUAAAAAGUCUCCAAUGGAGUUGAUCAAUGAAGUUCCACCAAUCAGAGUAGGAGACAGGAUUGCUGUUUGUGAAGGAGAUAGUGACCCGGCACUUGGUCAUCCAGUUGAGUUCAUAUGCCUCGACAAGGAUGAGCCAGCGGUGUGCAAGUAUUGUGGUCUGCGUUACGUGCAAGACCAUCAUCACUAGACGAUGGGUCUCUGGUUUUUGCUGUUUUAAAGUAUGUCAUCCCAGUUGUUAUAAGCUGUAAUUUUCAGAUAACAUGGUGUUUGGCAUGGCUGCCAAGUAUUCUUGCUCCUCAAAAUAAGGAUUCCUUGCACAUUUUGAAUGAAAACUGCUCCUGUUCGGAGCAAAUUGGCAUCA